AGUAUGGAAAGGAGGAAGAACACUACCUCAACCAGCUGAUCACGACUAACAUCUCUAGUAUGUCAUUAGUGGCAUGUAACCUUGAUAUGAUAUGAUGAGAAUAGCAUUUGAUAUUUGAUCUGUUUCCUCCCCAAAACUCAUUGCCCCAGCCUAAUCAUGAAGAAAUAUCAGACAAUCUCAAAUUAAGUACAAAAUAACCAGUACUCUUCAGAACUAUCAAGGCCACCAAAAACAAGGAAAGUAUAAGAAACUGUCACAGUCUUGAAGAGCCUGGUGAUGACUAAAUGUAAUGUGAUAUCCUAGAUGGGAUCCCAGGACAGAAAAAGAACAUUAGGUUAAACUAAAUCCAACUUGAGUAUGAAACUUCUUUUUUUUUAAGUGCCUAAGUCCUGAAUGACAACAAAAGACUGAAGAACUGACAACGAUUAGAGGACACCAAGGAGACUUAACAACUAAAUGCAAAAUGGGACCCUGAAUCUGAUCCUGGAACACAAAAACUAAAUUAGUAGAAAAGUGGUAAAAUAGGUGGUCGCGCGCCCGACCUCCGCAGUCCCAGGCGAGCCGCGACCCUUCCGGCUGCCCCCACCCCACCUCGCCGCCAUGUGCCUCCGCCGCCCAGCGCUGUUCCCAGGCGUGGCGCUGCUUCUCGCCGCGGCCCGCCUCGCGGCUGCCUCCGACGUGCUAGGACUCAGGGACGACAACUUCGAGAGUCGCAUCUCCGACACGGGCUCUGCGGGCCUCAUGCUCGUCGAGUUCUUCGCCCCCUGGUGUGGACACUGCAAGAGACUUGCUCCUGAGUAUGAAGCUGCAGCUACCAGAUUAAAAGGAAUAGUCCCAUUAGCAAAGGCUGAUUGCACUGCCAACACUAACACCUGUAAUAAAUAUGGAGUCAGUGGAUAUCCAACCCUGAAGAUAUUUAGAGCUGGUGAAGAAGCAGGUGCUUAUGAUGGACCUAGGACUGCUGAUGGAGUUGUCAGCCACCUGAAGAAGCAGUCAGGACCAGCUUCAGUGCCUCUCAGGACUGAGGAAGAAUUUAAGAAAUUCAUUAGUGAUAAAGAUGCCUCUAUAGUAGGUUUUUUCGAUGAUUCAUUCAGUGAAGCUCACUCCGAGUUCCUAAAAGCAGCCAGCAACUUGAGGGAUAACUACCGAUUUGCACAUACGAAUGUUGAGUCUCUGGUGAACGAGUAUGAUGAUAAUGGAGAUGGUAUCAUCUUAUUUCGUCCUUCACAUCUCACUAACAAGUUGGAGGACAAGACUGUGGCAUAUACAGAGCAAAAAAUGACCAGUGGCAAAAUUAAAAAGUUUAUCCAGGAAAACAUUUUUGGUAUCUGCCCUCACAUGACAGAAGACAAUAAAGAUUUGAUACAGGGCAAGGACUUACUUAUUCUUUACUAUGAUGUGGACUAUGAAAAGAAUGCUAAAGGUUCCAACUACUGGAGAAACAGGGUAAUGAUGGUGGCAAAGAUAUUCCUGGAUGCUGGGCACAAACUCAACUUUGCUGUAGCUAGCCGCAAAACCUUUAGCCAUGAACUUUCUGAUUUUGGCUUGGAGAGCACUGCUGGAGAGAUUCCUGUUGUUGCUAUCAGAACUGCUAAAGGAGAGAAGUUUGUCAUGCAGGAGGAGUUCUCAUGUGAUGGGAAUGCUCUGGAGAGAUUCCUGCAGGAUUACUUUGAUGGCAAUCUGAAGAGAUACCUGAAGUCUGAACCUAUCCCAGAGAGCAAUGAUGGGCCUGUGAAGGUAGUGGUAGCAGAGAAUUUUGAUGAAAUAGUGAAUAAUGAAAAUAAAGAUGUGCUGAUUGAAUUUUAUGCCCCUUCGUGUGGUCACUGUAAGAACCUGGAGCCCAAGUAUAAAGAACUUGGCGAGAAGCUCAGCAAAGACCUGAAUAUCGUCAUAGCCAAGAUGGAUGCCACAGCCAAUGAUGUGCCUUCUCCAUAUGAAGUCAGUUUUCCUACCAUAUACUUCUCUCCAGCCAACAAGAAGCUAAAUCCAAAGAAAUAUGAAGGUGGCCAUGAAUUAAGUGAUUUUAUUAGCUAUCUACAACGAGAAGCUACAAACCCCCCUGUAAUUCAAGAAGAAAAACCCAAGAAGAAGAAGGCACAGGAGGAUCUCUAAAGCAGUAGCAAACACCACUUUGUAAAAGGACUCUUCCACCAGAGAUGGGAAAACCACUGGGGAGGACUAGGACCCAUAUGGGAAUUAUUAUGUCUCAGGGCCGAGAGGACAGAAUGGAUAUAAUCUGAAUCCUGUUAAAUUUUGUCUAAGCCAUUUCUUAGCUGCACUGUUUAUGGAAAUACCAGGACCAGUUUAUGUUUGUGGUUUUGGGAAAAAUUAUUUGUGUUGGGGGAAAUGUUGUGGGGGUGGGGUUGAGUUGGGGGUAUUUUCUAAUUUUUUUUGUGCAUUUGGAACAGUGACAAUAAAUAAGACCCCUUUAAACUGUAAAAAAAAAAAAAAGAAGAAGAAAAGUGGUAAAAUAGGAAUGCGGUCCAUGGUUUACUUAAUCGUAUAAUAUCAGUGUUCAUUUUCUUAUUUUGAUAAUUGUCAUAAUGUUGUGUGAAAUAUUCUGUUUAGGGAGCCUGGGAAAGAAUAUAUAAGAACUCUACUAUUUUUGUAACUUUUGUGGAGGACUGAAAUCAUUUCUAAAUAAAUAGUCUUAAAAAUAACUAAAGUAAUAAAAAUAAUAAAGUACA